CAUUUGUCAGCUACUUCCUGCCUACUACAACCAUUGACAUGAUUCAUAACAAUAGUGUGACUGAAUUCAUUUUGUUUGGGCUGACACAGGAUCCAGAAAAACAGAAGGCAGUAUUUGGAGUCUUCUUGAUUCUUUACAUUAUGACACUAAUGGGGAACUUUCUCAUUGUGAUGACCAUUAAGAUAAGUCAGACACUUGGGAGUCCCAUGUACUUUUUUCUUUUCUAUUUGUCAUUUGCUGAUGCUUGUUUCUCUACAACUACAGCCCCUAGGUUGAUAGUGGAUUCCCUCUCUCAGAAAAAAACCAUUACCUACAAUGAAUGUAUGACUCAGGUCUUUGCAGCUCAUUUCUUUGGGUGCAUGGAGAUCUUUGUACUAAUCCUCAUGGCCUUUGAUCGCUAUGUAGCAAUCUGUAGGCCUCUAAGAUAUACAACUAUAAUGAGCCAGCGUGUCUGUGGUGUAUUAGUGAUUCUUGCCUGGGUUGGUUCUUGUAUCCACUCUUCAGCACAGAUUUUCUUGGCUUUAAGACUACCAUUCUGUGGCCCAAAUGUGAUUGAUCACUAUUUCUGUGAUUUGCAGCCACUGUUGAAACUUGCCUGCAUGGAUACCUAUGUGAUCAAUUUGCUAGUUGUGUCUAAUAGUGGUGUCAUAUGCAUGGUAAGUUUCAUACUGCUGCUUAUCUCCUAUAUUGUAAUUUUAUACUCUCUGAGAAACCAUAGUGCAGAAGGAAGACGAAAGGCCCUUUCUACUUGUACUUCUCAUUUCAUUGUGGUGGUCAUAUUUUUUGGUCCCUGUAUAUUUAUAUACACACGUCCACCAACCAUUUUUCCAAUAGACAAGAUGGUGGCUGUGUUUUAUACAAUCGGGACACCUUUGCUCAACCCUCUUAUCUAUACUCUGAGGAAUGCAGAAGUAAAAAAUGCCAUGAAAAAAUUAUGGUGUGGUAAAAUAUGACUUCAGUUGAUGAACAAUAAAUGAUAAUUCUAAAGUAUAGCUCCUUAAGAGUUUAGUUUUGAUACAUGACCUGGAAAAAUAAAAUAUUUCUGAGAAUAUAUAGUUAAGAUUUCUGUCUUUCUAUGUGUGUAUAAAUAACAGCCUGGGACUAGUGAGAUGGCUUAAUAGUAAAUGUUCUUGUCACCAAGCCUGAUGACUUUAGUAUAAUCCUUGGAACCCACAGGCUAAGGAGAGAAUAAACUCCCAUAUGUUUCAGUGACCUCCUCACAUGUGUCGUGUUAGGUAGAGACACAGAAAUAAGUAUAAAC